UGGUCACACUGCUGUUUUAUGAUCGCGAUCGAAGGAACGACGUGACGUGAAAAAUACGUUUAAUUAAGUUUAGUGCGAUUAAUAAUUUUUAAAAUUUUAUUGAAACAAAGUCGAAGUUUUGCUUUGAUUGUGCAUGGAAUUGUGAGUGUGUGGAAAACGAUACGAAAACAGAGCAAACGAAGAAAACGAGAAAGAAAAGUGCCAAAAAGAGCCAGAGUGAAAAGCACCAAAAUAUCGAAACCACAAUAUUGAAUGCUAGAAAAUAAACAAAAGGCAGCGAAGCAACAAAGGAAAAUCAGCGAACGUGCGGGGAGUUUUAAUUAUUUGGUCUCCAGCUGUGAUAGAUGAUGGCCUAAAAUGGCGGCUACACCACCAAUGCCGCCCGGAUCAAACACCCACCAAUUGAAUGGCAAACCUACCGGCAAGGGCAAUCUAACCGAGGCAAUCAAUCAGCACUUUCAGCGGAAGAACCAGAACCAAAACCAUAACCAGAGUCCCAGUCCCGGCCAGAAUCCGCCAAAAUCAAUCAGUCCCGUCAGUCGCAGCGGGAGCAAUGAGCAGCUGGAGCUGCUGGACCAACUACCGAAUACGCAGUCGCAGCACGAAUCCAACAACGGUGGCAAGGCAAAGCCGAGCUGCCAUUGCACCAAUAUUAGUAUUAUGCAUCUCUUUCAUGAGAUGAAGCAGGAGUUCCCAACGAUACCCGAUGCCAUAGUGACGCAAUGCGUCAAUGAGAAUUGCCAUCAGCGCGACAAUUGUAUCCAGAUGCUGAGGAAGGAGCUAGCCCUGCAUCCCAUCCCAGUGCAAAGCUAUCCGGCCAAGGUGUUGCAGCAGCAACAGCAACAGCAGCAGCAGCAACAACAGAACAAACAGGCCAAGCCACCCACGUCACUGAAACCGUCGCGUGCAGCGCCUCCACAGCCGGAAGUGGGGCUAAGCAAUGGAGUGGUCACACCGACAGGUGCUAGUACACCCCAUCUUAAUCCGCAGCCCAGGCCGCGGCCCACCACGCUCAAUCUGCAGCGUCAGUUCAACACACAGCUGCAGCAGAAGAUCCAGCAGCGCCAGCAGCGUCAACAGAGGGACCACCAGCCGCCCCAGCUGACGCCCACGUCCUUGAGCAAGCCGUUGCGUCGGGCGCCGCCGCUACCGCCACCGCCCAAACCGAAGCCGGGCAGCUUCUCCAACGAUUCCUCCUGUCUCACCAGUCCCAUGAGCUCCAGCGAAUCGGAGCUGUCGCUCAAUGCCGUCUCCUUAUCGUCACCGACGACGGCAGCGGCUACAGCUGCGGCCGCGGCAGCAGCAACAGCAAUCGUUCCAGCGCAACAACAACCCUCUCCCGUUCGACAUCGCUCAGUCAUUACGCUCCAGCCAGAGCCACCGUACGCGCGAGACUUUCGCAGCAGUGACUUUCCGCCAACGACGACGUCAACGCCACCGCUACCGUCGCCAAGUUCGGCAGCGUCACCAGUUGCUGCCGGUGGACGCAAGAGCUUUACCUCGCUCAAUCUCACCCUGCGCCAGCCGACGGGAUCGGCGCAAUCGGCCAUUGACAUCACCGCCGGUCCGGCGCCCAGUGGGCAGGGCAGUGGGAUAACCUACUCCAGCGUUAGCUUUGACGCGCGUCGGGGAACGCACAAGAAUUUCCAGCUGACUGUUACGGACGAGGGCAGUGUCUUUAGUGCGGGCUGCAUUCGGCCAAGGAGUCAGUACCCUGCUUCCUGUGAUCCGGUGACGAGUUCUCCGGCGAAUCAGCAACAGCCGCCGUCAGCAGCGGUAGUGACCGAUGGUCCCGGGAAUGACGAGAUGACGACAGACGUGUUUCCGUAUCCCACGCAGGAACAGAAUCAUAUUGUGGCCUCCAACUAUAGCAACAAUCAUGUCGCCAGCAACAACAACAACGGGAUUAGCAGCAGCGUGGAUAGUAGUCCCACCAUGCCGCUUUACGAAGGCGUCCUGGAGGAGUGCGAUCGCGAAGCACAUGCCGCCACCAUUGAGCGGCAGAAGCAGCGGCGCGACAAGCUGGCGAACGCGCUGAGGGACAACAAGAAGCGGCUGCUGGUGCUCGAGCAGGAGAUUAACAUCCUGACCGAUCCGAUUCCGGUGGGCGAAUCUGAAAGACUGGAUAGAGAUAUCUUGCGACUGACUGAGGACUGUAAACGGCUGCUUGACUGCAUCAAUGAACCGCAGGCGAAUGGCUCUGGUCCCGCGGCCAAUUCCAUGAGCCGCCAACACUCGGCCCCCGCCAGCAAUGCUCCUCAGCAGCAGCCACAGCCAUUCCCGCGGCAGCGUCAAGGUGCUCGCGUCCAGGCUCCGCCGAAUUCGCUGCGUUUGAACUCGGAACCUGCGGCGCCCACUGCGCACCCGAGCCUGGACUUUGGGCAGCACCACAGCAGUGCUCCGACCUCGGCAUGUCUGACGCCCCUACAGCAGAGCCAGCAGCAGCAGUUCCAGAUGCAGCAGGAGCCGCCUCCCACGUACGCCCAGUACUAUCAGUUCCAGCAGUAUCUGCAGCAGCAGCGUCAGCAGAUUCAACAACAGCAGCUGCAACUGCAGCAUCAGCAACAGCUGCAACAGCAGUUGCAACAGCAACAGCAACAGCAGCAGCAGCAGCCACAGCCACAUCAGGAGGAGGAAUAUCUGUCCGACUCCGAUGUGGACGAAGAGGAGGAGACGCUGGACUCGUGGGCCUGCAACAUGUGUACAUUCCGCAACCACCCGCAACUGAAUAUUUGCGAGGCCUGUGAGAACGUUAGGAUCCUGCCGGCCCCUGUGCUGAGUCGUGAGGACAUACAUAUAACACUCUCGCCCGGCGAAAAUCGUAUUAUACACUCCUGGAUUCUUUCAUGACCGUCGGCCAAGCACUCACCAUGAGUCCGUAGACAACUGCAGAGAUUUUAUUGUUGCAAAACUAUUUCGCUUUAUUUUAAUCUUAUCUUAAGACAUUGUAAAAAGAUAUAAGAAAAUAUUUUCACCAUAUGCUGCUGGCAGCAAUUAUGGUAUUUUCUCUAUUAGCUUAGCCACUAUCAUAAUUUGAAUCUGUAAGAAAAGACUUGUAGUAACCUUGUAACAUCUGAAACUAGCAAAUAUUUAUCGUAAUGGUAACGUGUACAUUUUGUAAAUACUUAUUAAGCCGAACGUCUUAUUUAUAUACGAUUUAGGGGUUUUGUACUACAAAAAUAGAAAAGGUUAACUGGCAAAAUAAGCCUCAUAUUUAACGGAAUUAAACUGCAAUUUAAGCCAAUCUGGGGUCUUUAUGCUUUAUUCGUGAUGGGAAGGUUGCGAUGUAUUGAAUAAAAUAAAAUAAAUACUUUUAA